AUGAGCAAGCCUUCUGUUCUCAUCAUUGGCGGCGGUGUCUUUGGCACUUCUACCGCGUACCACCUCUCACUUCGAGAAUAUCAUUCCAUCAAGGUCCUGGACCGGUUCGACGCGCCAUCCAAGGACUCAGCCGCAACGGAUCUGAACAAGGUCAUCCGUGUCGACUACCCUGAGCCAUUAUACACGAAGCUAGGUCUCGAGGCUUUGGGUGCCUGGAAAGAUCCCAGCUCCGUCCUUGCCGGCCUGUAUCAUGAAUCCGGAGUCAUGUUCUCCGGGGAAGAGCCGACGCACGCGUGGCUCGAGACAACGCGCAAGACGAUGCUACAAGCAGGACGCAAAGGCGUCAAGUACAUGACAAGCCAGGAGAUUGGGCAGAACUGGCCGGCAGUCACGGGCAAGUUCCCCAACUGGCUGAACCUUUGGAGCCCGGCAGGUGGGUGGGUGCCUUCGGGUGAAGCUCUCCUCCGGAUGGCCAAUGCUGCCCGAGCCAACGGCGUCGAGUACAUAUCCGGCGAUGCAGGCUACGCUAGGCAACUCGUUUACGAUGGUAAUAAGAAGUGCAUUGGCGCAAUCUGCAAUGAUGGUUCCUUUCAUCAAGCAGACAUUGUAGUCAUUGCGGCGGGUGCCAACACGGCUACUCUCGUGGACGCAAGGAACGAGGUUGAAGCACAAUGUUCAGCGAUUUGUGUUCUACAGCUGAAUCCAGACGAGAUAGAGAACUGCCGUGCGAUUACAAACUAUAAGAACAAGAUUCUCCCCGGUGCCUCCAUUCUUCACUCGACUGGAGACUACCCUUUUGAUGGCUGCCCCAGAGAGAUCGAGGGCGAAAUCAGAUCCUUCGUUCGGGACACGGUGCCCGAGCUUGCUGACCGCCCCUUCAUUUCAACCAAGCUAUGCUGGGAUGGUGUGGCGAAGGACCUCAACUUCCGGGUUUGCCCCUACCCCAAGACGACGGGCCUCUAUGUUGCCACCAUCGGGUCGAACCACGGCUUCAAGUUCUUGCCCGUCAUUGGGAGAUACGUGGCGGACAUGCUCGAAGGCAAUCUCGGCAAGGAGUGGUCUGACCUCUGGGCCUGGAAAGACGGGAGAGUGCCAGGGGGGAAGCCCGACCCCUAUCCCUUCCCACUCAGAGACCUUUCUGAACUCGAUGGUUGGAAGGAUAAGCAUAGCGCUGGGGGAGGCAGGCUACCCUGGACAUGGAGCCGUUUGUAA